AAAAAGAAAGCAGAUUACAAUUCGAAGAAGCAGGAUCUAGCCAGGCUACAACCACAUGAGACAAACACAAGACUGGCGCACACAUAAAACAAUAUGUCAUCAUUCUUUUUCCUGCUUGAGUCGAAAAAGAAACAUGUUGCUUGAGGUAGAGUCAGGUUGCUGCUCAUCCAUAAGGGUUUUGCACCGAGAAACCUACUCCACUGAAUGAGAUUUGUACCAGUAGCUUUCAGUCCACACAGAUUGUCUGAGGUCGACAGUGUCCAGACGCUGGAGAAACUGCGCGGCCUUGCUACAGAAGAUAAAACGGAAACAGAAAUGUUGCGUUCCCGGGUUGAUGAGCAGUCAAGUUUAAUCUGUAUUUUGAAACAAGGAGCAGACGAGAUGCUUCUCCGUUGUCGGUCACUGCAGAAAAUGAACACGGACCUGGAAGACCGAGUGGCAGUCAAACACAAGGAACUGGACUUGGAAAGGAAGAAGUCAACCAUUUUCGAGAGAAGAUUCACGGACUUGGCCAGCAACCACGAGAAAAUGAUCGCUUUCAUGAACGAUUAUAAAAGACAGAAUGCCCGUCUUGAGCUGGAGAACAAACACCUGCGCUCUGAAAAUGAGACACUUUUCUCCCAGAAACUGCAAGAUAAAGAAGUGCUAGUUGAUAAACUUACACAGGAAAUCAAACAGCUCUCAGAGAAAUACACAAAUAAGGACAAUGAAUAUUGCUCUUCAAGAAAGGAAAUAGUUGAAUGGCAGUCUAAAUUUAAUGCACAAACAACCCUCUACCAAUCAAGGGAGAAAUCAUUAUGUGAUGAACUGCAGGAUACCCAGCAGCAGCUAAAGAAGUCUGUAGAGAUGUGCAAAGAUCUGAAGCUUCAGCUAAAAAAGGCAGGAGACGAUUAUGCUUUGACAGAGAUCAGAGUGAAAGAAAGUAUAACAAGCCUCACCAAGGAAAAGGACAAAUUCCUGAAUCUGUCUAUGGAAAGGGGAAAAGUAAUACAGGAGAAACAGGAGGAAAUCCACUUGUUAGAAGCAAAAUGGAAUGAGGAGAAAAAAGCCAGAAUCAAAGCAGAAGAGCGGUUUAAACGGGAAGCAGCAGCUGUGAACGCACACGACAAAGUGAAGGCUCUCCAGCGUGCUCUCGAUGAAUCCCUGACAGAAUGCGAGAAGCUGAAAAAGGAUUUUGAAGCCUACAAAGAACACACCACCAGCCUCCUUAAACAGGAAAAGGAGUUAAAUGCCAAACUCCGCCAUGUGAUUGGCUGAGGACUUAUAUAUUCAUAUGGUAUAAUUUAGAUUGCAAUAAAACCAAAGUU